GGUAUCACUGGUCUUGCCUGCAGCGUGAUGAGUGGCUGGGCCAAGAACGCCAGGAUCUUGGAAGGUCUUGAAAAGCUACUGCCUCUCCCUAUAUCAGUGCUUGGGAUAGGAGGCAGCUCCACUUCUAGCUCUUCGGCAUCUCAAGAUGAUGAAUCCAAAGGACUCCUUUCCAAUGUGUUGGACGUUGUUACCGACCCACUGUCAAUACUGAAGCCACACGCAGAUUCUGACAGUGAUAAGCCAAAAGAUCUCGUUUCAAGUGUGCUGGAUGCUGUUACGAAUCCUUUGGACAUACUUACAGACCCAUUGUCAAUACUGAAGCCCCAGGGAGAUUCUGACAGCGAUAAGCCAACUGGUCUUGUUUCAAGUGUGCUGGAUGCGGUUACGAAUCCAUUGCAAGGCUUAGCCUCUCAAGACGACGAUUCCUCGGCUGACAAGCCUAAAGGGCUCGUAUCAUCUGUGCUCGACGUUGUUACUAAUCCUCUUGGAGCGCUAGACAUCCAACAUCACGAAGACUCUGCCGGAGAUAACGAAAAACCCAAGGGAUUAAUAUCGACCGCCUUGGAUGCUCUCACACCGAGUCAUCAACAGGAUGACGAUUCCAACGACAGUGAGAAGCCAAAGGGGCUAAUUUCCGGGAUGUUGGAUGCUAUUACAAGUCCUGUCUUGGAUUUGGGCUCUCAAACAAAAGACGAUUCGGGAUCUUCGGAUGACAGCGACAAGCCCCAAGGCCUGCUUUCCAGUGUGCUGGGAAUUGGUUCAAAGCAUGACGACGACUCGAAGUCGCAAGAUACGCCAGAAUCAAGUUCAGAGGAUAAACAGCCGCACGGACUUCUUUCCAACGUACUUGGAAUUGUAGGUCGCUAGUCCUUACUAUGCUGAUUUGUAAACCAAUGAAAGCGUUUUUCGUUUCUUCAGAUAUGAGGACGGGCUAACCAAUGUAAGCACAUUUGUAAAAUGUAUUCGCGCCUUGCUCUUCGCGCAGCGAUUAGAGAAACGAUAUCAGUAAGCGGCAGAUAAAUACAUCUAGACACCUAGAGAAAUGUUUACGUGCGGGUGCCUAAAUUUUUUC